AUGACUGAGAACUUUGUUACCUUUUACUACACCAACUUUGACACCGAUCGGAAAGAAUUGGCAAUGCUCUAUCGCGAGCAAUCGAGCCUCACCUUCCAGGAGGCUGAUGUCCAGGGUGCGGCCGCCAUCAUGGAGAAGAUCACGACCCUAGGCUUCAACCAAGUCCGCCACGAGGUUACGUCUAUUGAUACCCAGCCCACUCCUGCUGGUGGUCUCAUUGUGACCGUGAUCGGUGGUCUCAUUACCGACGGCGAAGAACGACCCCAGAACUUCUUCCAGACAUUCCACCUUAUGCCCGAGGCCAACGGUGGAUUCUGGGUCGCCAACGACAUGUUCCGUCUGACCUUCCCUAUCGCUUAA